ACAUAACCCCCUGGCCACUGGCGACAGUCUGGACUUUUACUUGUGCCACAAUAACCAGCUGUGGAAACCUGCUUUUGGAGAUUUUUGCAUCCCUCCCUUUGCAAGACAUCAGUUCUGUGGCUGGGCUUUGCAAGGAAGUGAGGAUGACAUGAAUCACACCGCUGAAGUUUUAGAUUGUGUCACCCCAUGGUCUGCUGGGGAGAGAGCUGGACUUGUCCUCAACCAAAGCCCUUUCAUGCAGCUUAAUUCUCCAUAGCAAGUAGCAUCACUGCUCUGGAGGAAAAUGCAUUGUACAAGGAGGAAGCGACUGCAGCUUAGCAGGGUUCUGUUUCUCCUCUCUGGGGUUUUUCUCUGUACCCUCUACCAGCUGACCAUCAGUGCCAGACUGUAUGAGCCUUUGCCAAUGCCUCAGAUUGGGGAGGAUUCUGGAGAAGGUUCAACAGAGGGUGUUGAGGAGGCGACAGUAGAGAUUCCAGGGCUGGAGGAACCUCUCACUGCAACACACGAGUUAGAGCCCACAGAUCAAACAACUCCAGAAAUGCAUGUGGUAACUGUUUCGGAGACAACUACAGAUUUUACAGCAUCCACCCCCACUGAAGCUCCACCAUUGCCAACUACAAACCGGACUAUUGUGCAUUGCAUCUACGUGGCCCCUGAGCCUCCACGGGAGACGCCCACACCAGCUCCUCCUGUGACCACUGUCACCCCAGCCUCUCCUGCUGAAGCUCCACAUAUGAAGGGCGAAUACCCUGAAGAUAUCUUUUCUGUUGAAGACCGUAGACGAGGCUGGGUCAUCCUCCACAUUUUUGGGAUGAUGUACAUGUUCAUUUCACUUGCAAUUGUGUGUGAUGAGUUCUUUGUCCCUGCACUCGGGGUAAUCAUAGACAAGUUAGAAAUCUCUGAUGAUGUAGCAGGAGCCACCUUCAUGGCUGCUGGAGGUUCUGCUCCUGAACUCUUCACCUCCUUGAUAGGAGUAUUCAUCGCCCACAGCAAUGUGGGCAUCGGCACCAUCGUUGGCUCGGCGGUUUUCAACAUUUUGUUUGUGAUUGGGAUGUGUGCUUUGUUUUCACGGGAGGUGCUUCAUCUAACCUGGUGGCCACUUUUCAGAGAUGUAUCCUUCUACAUAUUUGACCUCAUCUUACUCAUCAUCUUCUUCUUGGAUAAUAUCAUAAUGUGGUGGGAGAGCGUGAUGUUGGUCGGCUGUUACACACUCUAUGUGACUUUCAUGAAGUACAAUGUCCAAAUAGAGCAGGCCUUCAAGGUCCUGAUCCUCAAAAACAAGAACAUUGUCAGAAUUAUUUCUGUGGAAGAACCUGAAAAGGCAAACGGUGACGCUGAAAAUAACGCCCCUCCUGCUUCAGAAGACAAGAAUAGGUUGAAGUUGAAGCCGUCCCUUCAGCGCGGGGGAAGUUCAGCUUCUCUACACAACAGCACCAUGAGAAACACCAUCUUCCAACUUAUGAUCCACACGUUAGACCCUCUAGGUGAGGGGAAAUUUAAGGAUAAGGCUGUGACACUGACUAAUGUGGCUAAACGGACGGCAGAGAGCAAAACUCAAGACAAAAGCGAAGUUGGUGGAGGAAAAACUGAGCCGACCAAAGAGCCAGAGGCUGCUCCAGCCCCAGCCCCAGCUAAAGAGGAGAAGGAACAACCAGAGGACAAGAAGGACGAUGUGCCAGCAGGAGACGGUGGGUCAGGAGGCUCUGACGAUGAUGAAGAUGACAGCGACGAAGACAGCGAUGAGUCCAGUGAAGAGGAAGAUGAUGACGAUGAUGAUGAAGAUGAGGAGGAGAGUGACGAAGAGGAGAAAGAGGAACCUCUGUCUUUAGAGUGGCCUGACACGCCACGGAAACAAGCCACCUACGUCUUCCUGCUGCCUGUAAUCUUUCCUCUCUGGCUCACAGUUCCAGAUGUUCGCAACCAGAAAUCCAGAAAAUUCUUUGCGGUGACCUUCCUGGGCUCCAUUCUGUGGAUUGCUAUUUUCUCCUACCUCAUGGUGUGGUGGGCCCAUCAGGUGGGUGAGACCAUCGGCAUCUCAGAGGAGAUUAUGGGCCUGACUAUCUUGGCUGCAGGGACGUCCAUCCCUGAUCUCAUUACCAGUGUGAUUGUUGCACGAAAAGGCCUGGGGGACAUGGCUGUGUCCAGCUCUGUGGGCAGUAACAUCUUUGAUAUCACAGUGGGUCUUCCAGUGCCAUGGCUCCUUUACUCUUCCACACAUGGUUUUGGUCCAGUGGCUGUCAGCAGCAACGGGCUCUUCUGUGCCAUCGUGCUUCUCUUCAUCAUGCUCCUCUUUGUCAUCAUCUCCAUUGCAUCGUGUAAGUGGAGGAUGAAUAAGCUGCUGGGCUUCACCAUGUUCCUGCUCUACUUUAUCUUCUUGGUGCUUAGCGUGAUGCUGGAGGAUCGCAUCAUCAUCUGCCCUGUUUCUAUCUGAACGUGUGAGCUGGAGCCUUCUCUACAGCAGGCGUUGUCCUCACUUGUGACCUGAAGCACAACUGUUAACCCGUAUAUGGACUGAUUUCAUGAGCAUGGGUGUGGAUAUCUGUAGAAACUAUGCAGAAAGCUGCUGUAGUUGCUCUGCAUUGUUGCAACUGACGUGUGUUUGGUAUGAAAGCAACAGUACACAUAUGACAACAUUUUCUAGCACAGGUGGGACCAAGUCAUUGUUUUGUAAGUCACAAGUAAGUCUCACGUCUUUGCACUCAAGUCCCAAGUCAAGAACCAAUUCCUAAACUCUGAGUUUUGGUUCCUAAACAAGUCAUGAUGCGCUCUUCACAAAUGUAAUGCCUUCUUAACAACAUAGUAAUAAUACAUUACAUUUACAAAAAUUGUGAUUUUUUUUUAAAUUUAUAUAUUUUUUGUUAAAACAAGUGUGACUGAACUUAAUCAUAAAGAAGUAGUGCUGACAUUCCACUUUUAUAGUAUAUAGCAACCAAAGCAGAAUGGAUUUUAUAUGUUUCUGUCCUGUCUUGUUGUAUUUAUCUCAUCUCAUAUUGGGCAAACAUUUUUAACUUUCUCUUCCCAAAAUGGCUUGGGGGGAAGGUAUCAAGUUUUCAAGUGUUUUCAAGUUGAAGUCACGAGUCACUGGUGUUAUUUAUUUAUUUUGUCGAGUCUAAAGUCAUCAAAUUUGUGACUCGAGUCCAAGUCAUGUGACUCUGUUUUCUAGAACUUUUUAUUUUUAGUAACAAUGGCAGCUUUUACAUAAAUUAUUUGAUUACACCAGGAGAUGCAAACUGUCUGAAGUAGUGUAGGUAAGUGUAAAAGAAUGAACACUAACAGGGAUAUGAACAUUUUUUUUACUGUUUACAAAACAGCAUCUUUAGAAUGCAAUUAGAAAUCUAGAAUAUGUGAACAUUUUGGAAAAUGUAUGAAGUUUCUACAUGUAAAUUUUGUACAAAUCUGUGCA